CUGUGACCCGCUCAUUUCUGUCUCAGGCACAGGAAACACUUAAACUCUCUCAACCCAGCCCCAGCGCCUGCAAACACACUCACACACACCUUCAGCGCACUCAAAGAGGAGAAUGGCUGUGUCCACGCUGAGAAUGAAUGAGCUCUGGAAAAGGAUGGUUCUGGUUUUGGUGUUUGCCGUUCUUUUGCUUUACGGUUGUCAGGCCCAGGAUCCCCAAUUGACAGGUACACCUAUGCCUAGUACCCAUGCAGUAUCAGAUCUAGCUAGCAUCACACCCAGUGUUUUAGGAAAAACAGAGCCAGCACAACAAAGGACUGAUAACCUUACCGAAAGUCCUGUCAUGAGUACGAGCACUCUAGUAAUCACGACAGUCCCCUCUUCUCCUACCAUUAGUGCCACGAUCAUCUCCCAGACAUCAGCAGCACCUUCUUCAGUCAUCACUGCUACGUCCAUGCCUCAACAAUCAGAAACCUAUACAGUGGACCAGUCCUUGAGCUCCGCUGAUAUGAAACACAAAUAUAGAAUGGAGAACAGCCCCAUCUCAAAUCCGGAGUCAAUAUCGGAGCAAGAUGAAGAGAAAGCAAAGUCUUCGCCUGCUGUUUUUGUGUCUGUUCUGGUCACUGGCUUACUUAUUGCUGCCAUUGUAGUUGCCACAUACUAUUUUAAGUGCCAUCGCAGAACCAGUCCCAAUGGCAUAAAAUUGGCUGAGUCAUUCAUAGCUGAUGAGGAGAACCAGGGAAACACUCUUGUGUCCGUGGCACCUCUGAACCAACCUGAGCUCCAGGAGAAGCCUAGUCUUAAUGGAGAGUCCCAAGAGACAGUGAAGACCCAAACUCCUCCAGCUGCCACCAAUGGUCACUCUACUACCAAGACGGCAGACACUGAGCUUUGAACAACCAUUUCUACCAUGGAGAGGUCUGAGUGACACACUCAGUCCCUGUUACUUAAACCCUCAAUAUACUGCAUACUGUAUAGCCCAUGGCCAUCAGCAGGCACAAAUGGAGACCAAGUGAAGACUCAAAAUCCCUAAUUUUCAUGUAAAUACAAUCAAAAAUGUUCAUACAGAACAAGCAAACACUUGAUUCAGGAUAAUUAAUGGAGUUAACAUAAUUGGUCAAGUAAUCAUCCUACCUUUCCAGCAAAUGUCCAAUAAAUGAACACGCUUAGUUUCUACAUAUAUGAAAGAUCAUUGUAUGUUAUACUGUAAAAGCAGAAUGUUUAAAUGGGAUCGAUGAUUGGUAAUGAUGCCAGUUAUGACAGUAAUUAUUACGAUUAUGAUAGCAAUGACAUUUAUAAUAUGAACAUCAUGUAAUUAUGCAAAAGAACCAUUUUAGUCAUGAUGAGUUAUUGCUGCCAAUGGUCCACAGCUUUCAGCUGAGAUGAAAUCAAACCACACCAUAAAGAAUCGCAAUGGAUGGGAAUUGUGUUCUUGUUUGUGUUGGGUUGUUUGAGUUUCUAGGCUGUAUGUCUAACGAAUCAUGUGUACUGAAAUGACUAUGUUCUAUAUGUUUGACUUUGUGUACAAUAUGAUAUGACUAGUUAAUAGUCUUGUAAAAUUUUGUUAAUACUAUUGUGUGACAAAGUAAUGAAUGACAUUAACUCCAUUUCAUUGCUGCAAACAACCCACAAAGUAAAAUCCAACAGAUUGUUAAAGGGAUAUUUCACCCAAAAAUGAAAUUUUACUUCCAAAACCUCCAGACUUUCUUUCUUACAUGGAACAGGAAGGGAGAUGUAAGGCAAAAUGUUAGCAUAACUCAUCAAUGCUGUCAUUGUAUGGAAAAAAAGAUGCAUUGAAAGUGCAUGGUGCCUGUGGCCAACAUUUUGCCGAACAUCUCCUCUAACGUCUAAACUUUUCAUUUUUGAGUGGACUAUCUCUUUAAAUAUACAGCAAAGCCCAUUUGCGCUCAGGGUGAGAGCUAAAAGUUAUUUGAAUGAUAUUUGGAAUCGGAGACAUUUCUGGAUCGAGUUAUAGCUUCGCCAUUUUUGUAAACCAGUAUUAUGCUCUUUUGUAAUAUUUUUGUUAUGGAUAUUUAGAUAUAGUGUUUAUGGAUUGAUUGAUUGAGUGACUGACUUAAUCGUUUGAAUGACCUGCAAUGAUUAUUAAAGUUUUUUUGUUUUUGUUUUUUUGGGGUGGAUGAGAGUUUUUGUAUCUACAUUUGCUACUACACUGUAGUAAUAAGACAAAGAAAAACAUUACUCGUAAUAGAAAUUGUGACUGGAUUCAGCCAUGGGACACUGGACCAGUUAGGUUUACCUUUAGUUUUUACUCUCCGUUCUGUUGAUUAAUGUAAUAUCUUAGUAGAUUUGCUCAAUACAUUGAGGAACCACUGAGACAACAGAAACAUUUUACUUUUAAACAUGUAUUAUCGUGUUUCAGUUUUUCACCCCAAUUAUUUUAUAUUGACUUCAACUCCAGAAAAUGAAAAAGUUUAACUUAAAAUUUGUGGGUCAAAAUUUGGUGCUAGAAUGACUGUACCUGAAAUAAAACAAUACAAA